AUGAUGCUUCCAUGCAAGCCAUUCUACAAAACAUGCCAACAGGCUUUGUUCUUACUUGCCAUUGUGUUGCUUUCAUCCUUCCAAGUCUUGGCUUCCACCCCAUCUACAACUUCUUUCACUUCUGCGAGAAGUGAAACAGAGGCAACAGAGGCCCUUCUAAAAUGGAAAGCCAGCCUCUCCAAACACACCCAAUCUCUCCUACCUUCAUGGGUCGUCGCCAAUGGGACUUGCCAUUGGGAAGGAGUCACUUGCAGCAAAUCCGGAAGCAUCGUCAGCUUGGACCUCUGGGGUCAUGGUUUGAGAGGUACACUUCACAGUCUCAACUUCUCUUCCUUACCUGAUCUCCUUACUCUUCAGCUAGGAGAUAAUUCGCUUUCCGGAACAAUCCCUUCUAACAUCAGCAGUCUCUCCAAACUCACCACUCUCAUCUUGUCCUACAAUAAACUCUCAGGAAAUAUUCCUUCUGAGAUAGGCUUGCUGAAUGGUCUUAGUGUAUGUAACCUGGGUGCAAAUUUUCUAACUGGCUCUAUUCCUCCAGAAAUAGGAAGCCUGAGGAGUCUCUCUACGUUUAGUUUGUGUGAAAACAACCUCAUAGGCAUUAUCCCUACCACUAUAGGGAGCUUGAGGAACUUGACAAUUCUUCACCUUUAUAACAAUAAACUUUCAGAAUCUAAAUGGGACAAUUCCUGCUUCCAUGCAAACUUGAGUAAUUUAUCCCUUUUUUAUCUUUAUGAAAAUGAACUUUCAGGUUCCAUACCUCUAGAAAUUGGGAAUCUUAGAUCACUCAGUGAGCUUGAACUGUCAAGUAACAGUAUAAAUGGUACAAUUCCUGCUUCUAUUGGGAACUUAACUAAUCUAUCCAUUCUUUAUCUUCAUGAAAAUAAACUCUCUGGCUCCAUACCAGAAGAAAUUGGACUCUUAACAUCUCUCAAAAAACUAGACUUUUCAAAAAACACUCUGACAGGCACCCUCCCCACGUCAAUACAAAACUUGACAAACCUUUCCCUUCUCUCCUUUUUGUCCAAUGGUUUGUUUGGAAUCAUACCGCAUGAAAUCGGAUCUCUAAAUUUACUUAAUGAGUUUGAUUUGUCAUUCAACAAUCUUACCGGUACAAUUCCUCGUUCCAUUGGCAACUUGCGAAAAUUAACUCUCCUUGGGCUUGGUGACAAUAAACUCUCUGGUACCAUUCCACCAGAGAUAGGGAAACUUAAGUUUCUUACUCAAGUAAGUUUAUUUUAUAACAAUCUCCAUGGGAAAAUUCCACCCGAGAUGAGUAAUCUUACUAGGUUGCAGUUUUUGACAUUAUCCAGAAAUAACUUCACUGGUCAUUUACCAAAAUGGCUAUGCCACAAUGGAUCACUUAAGAAACUUACCAUCGCUGAUAAUCAUUUUAAAGGUCCAAUCCCGAAAAGCUUGAAAAGUUGUACCAGUUUGGUUAGAGUCAAGCUAGAAAAGAAUCAUUUAGUAGGAAAUCUAUCGGAAAGUUUUGGCAUAUAUCCUCACUUAAACUACAUAGAUUUGAGUGACAAUAAUCUGCAUGGCGAGAUUUCAUGGAAAUGGGGGCGUUGUCACAAUCUCACAAGCUUGAAAAUGGCAAGGAAUAAUAUUUCUGGUCGAAUUCCGUCGGAGCUUGGAAAGGCAACUAACCUUUCUUUACUUGAUCUCUCCUCAAACCAUCUUGUUGGAGAGAUUCCGAAGGAAUUGGGAAAGUUGACAUCAUUAUUCGAACUUGAGCUAAGUGGUAAUCAACUUUCAGGCAAUAUACCAGUAGAGAUUGGCAUUCUGUCAAACUUAACAUAUCUCAAUCUUGGAGCAAACAGUCUAAAUGGUUCUAUUCCAGGAGAACUAGGAGAUUGCAAGAAGCUACUGAAAUUGAAUUUGAGUUGGAAUGGAUUCCUGGAAGGAGUUCCGUCUGAGAUUGGCAAAUUACACUUCCUUCAAAGCCUUGAUCUCAGUCAAAAUGCGCUAAUAGGAGAGAUUCCUCCUGGACUGGGAGAAUUGAAAACCGUAGAAACGUUGAAUCUCUCACAUAAUAAGCUCUCCGGUAGCAUCCCAUCAAGUUUUGGUGAUUUGUUAAGCUUGACUUCCAUUGAUAUAUCCUACAACCAAUUAGAGGGUCCUAUUCCUGACAUUGGACCUUUCAACGAAAAAGUGCCCUUCGACGCAAUUAGAGAUAACAAAGGUUUGUGCGGAAAUGUUACUGGUUUGAAGGCUUGUCCUACUUCGAUCAGCCACCAUCGAGCAAAGAAGAGAGGCAAAGGAGUUGUGAUCGUAGCUACAAUCCCCAUUGUAUGUGUUAUUGUGCUACUACUAAUCAUUUUUGCCACUAUUUUCGCUCUUGCCAAAAGACGGCGAAACAAAGAGAAUAAAUCAAGGGAAGGACCAAAUCCGAAUCCAUUCACAAUAUGGAGCCAUGAUGGAAAGUUGGUGUACAAAAACAUCAUUGAAGAAACUGAAGGAUUUGAUUCCAAGUAUUGCAUUGGAGUGGGAGGGAAUGGAAGUGUGUACAAAGCUGUAUUACCAACUGGACAGAUUGUGGCUGUGAAGAAACUUCACCAACUACCAGACUGUGAAAUUGCAAAUUCAAAAACCUUUACAAGCGAAAUUCUUGCUUUGACAAAAAUCCGGCAUCGGAAUGUUAUUAAGUUCUAUGGUUUCUGCUCACAUCCGCAGCAUUCGCUUCUGGUUUACAAGUUUUUGGAUGGAGGGAGCUUGGAAAAGAUACUUUGUGAUGAGGAACAAGCAAUGACAUUUGAUUGGAUCAAGAGAGUGAAUGUUGUCAAAGGUGUAGCCAACGCCAUCUCCUAUAUGCACCAUGACUGCUCACCUCCUAUAAUUCACAGGGACAUAUCAAGCAAAAACGUCUUGUUGGAUGAAGAGUAUGAAGCUCAUGUCUCUGACUUUGGCACUGCAAGAAUUCUGAACCCCAACUCAUCCAAUUGGACUUCAUUAGCAGGCACAUUAGGGUACACCGCUCCAAAACUUGCUUACACAAUGGAGGUGACCGAAAAAUGUGAUGUUUAUAGCUUCGGGGUUUUGGCAUUGGAAAUACUGGUAGGGAAGCAUCCGGGGGAUCUCAUCUCAUAUAUGUCAUCGUUGUUGUUGUCUUCUUCGUCUUCAACAGUACAUCAUUUGCUAUUGAAGAAUCUAUUGGACCAACGUCCUUCAUAUCCCACGAAUCGAGCUGGAGCGGAAGUGGUGACUGCUGCAAAAAUGGCAGUCUCAUGCUUACAAUCCAAUCCGCAAUCUCGGCCCUCUAUGCAACAGGUUUCUCAGGAGCUAUCAACUCAAAGACGCACUGUGCAGAAUCAGUUUCACACCAUUACAAUGGGACAGCUACUUGAUGUUGGGUAUUGAUUCCGCAUGUUGAAAAUUUGCACUCAUAAUUGUAGCUCUUUUAGAAUUGCAUCUGUUGCUAGUUGCUAGUACUAAUCUCAACCAUCUUAUAUGAGAUAAAUAAUAUUUUGAGCUGGCCAUGCCCGGAGUCGUUACCCUUGCCAA